CAAAAGUAUAGACUGUUGUCCUGAUAUUUAUACUCACUCAUGGAAUAAAUUUAAGCCAUAAAUUUUCUUUAAAAAUUGAUUUUUGCCUAAGACCUGAGGAAAGGAUAAUUUAAUAUCCUCCUGGUAUUUUUUUUUUAAAAAUGAGUACAAAAAAGAAUGAAAAAAUAAUACUAAGGAAAACAAAAGAUCUAGGGCAGAUGUGUUCAGAUCUUUAAGUAAAUUUUCUAUUUUAAUUGUGAGAUAAUUUGGAAGUUGAAUGUUUUCAGACACAUGAUAUUGGAAAUAUUUUCCCUGUUGUUUUUCUGUCAACUUUGACAUUGCGAGGUCAUUGACUAUGUACACCUGGAAUCACACAAAUAAACCAGACUUCAUCCUCAUGGGAUUGACAGAUUUGAAAGAAAUACAGCUGGUCCUCUCUGUACUGUUUCUCUUGAUAUACCUAGUCACUGUUCUGGGGAACAUAGGCAUGAUGUUGAUCAUCUAUAUAGAUGCUCAGCUUCACACUCCAAUGUAUUUUUUCCUUACCAAUCUGUCAUUUCUUGACCUCAGUUAUUCAACUGCCAUCACACCAAAAAUGUUAGAGAACCUGCUAACGGCAAACAAGAGUAUUUCCUACAUAAAUUGUUUCACCCAACUGUACAUUUUCAUCCUCUUAGCAGCUACUGAAUGUUUUUUGCUUUCCUCAAUGGCCUAUGACCGCUACAUAGCCAUCUGCAACCCUUUACAUUACCCAGUUAUUAUGUCUUCACGAUGCUGCCUUGCUCUCCUUACUGGGUCCUAUGUAAUUGGAGCUGUGGAUUCCUCUGUAACCAUGUUUAGCAUGAUUACCCUACAUUUCUGCAAAUCCAACAUCAUCCGUCAUUUUUAUUGUGACACAUCUCCACUUCUAUCUCUGUCUUGCAGUGACACACAUGUAGUUGAAAUCAUUAUAUUCAUUUUUGCAGGUUCCACAAUCCUGGGGUCCCUUAUCACAAUAUCUGUAUCCUAUAUAUCCAUUCUUUCUACUAUUUUGAAGAUAAAUUCUACUUCAGGAAAGCAAAAAGCCUUUUCCACUUGUGCCUCUCAUCUCCUCGGAGUGACUGUUUUUUACAGCAGUCUGAUUUUUACUUAUUUAAAGCCAAGUAAGUCAUAUUCUUUGGGAAAGGAUCAAGUAGCUUCUAUUUUCUACACAAUUGUGAUCCCCAUGCUGAAUCCACUUAUUUAUAGUCUCAGAAACAAAGAAGUCAAAAGUGCUGUUGUUAGAUUAGUGAAGAAAAGACAAGGAUCCUGGAAGUUAAGAUAAACAGUCAGUCACAUUGUUCCUACUUUCAUGUUCCCUUACUGAGUUUCCAUAAACAAGUAUAAUCAUUUUUACAUUUCUAUUUGUU